UGGCUUCCAAGAUGGCGGCGGUAGCGGCUACUGCUGGGCUCUCUGUGGGGGCGGCCGCCGUCGCUGCUGCCGGGUCGGUGCCCAGCCCCGAGGAAGCCUUGGCUAACGCCGCUGAAGAAGAGAUGCCGCCCCUGGAGCCGGGUGAGGUGGGGAGCCGGCUGGAGAGGAGCGCCCGGCAGUUCCGUAACCGACGCAAAGUGCUCAUUCGGGGGCUGCCCGCCGACGUCGCCAACCAGGAAGUUCAUGAUCUGCUGAGUGACUACGAACUUAAGUACUGUUUUGUGGACAAAUACAAGGGGACUGCUUUCGUAACCUUAUUGAAUGGGGAACAGGCAGAAUCAGCCAUCAAGAAAUUUCACUUGAGCAAGCUGAGAGACAAGGAGAUUACAGUGCAGCUGCAACCCACGGAUGCCCUCCUGUGCAUUGCCAACCUGCCCCAACUUUACACGCAGCAGCAAUUUGAAGACCUUGUUCGACCUUUUGGGAACCUGGAGCGCUGCUUCUUGGUGUACAGUGAGAAAACGGGACACUCCAAAGGCUAUGGCUUUGUGGAGUACAUGAAAAAGGAUUCAGCAGCCAGGGCAAAAUCUGACCUCCUGGGCAAACAGCUGGGAACACGGACUUUAUAUGUGCAUUGGACAGAUGUCAAUCAGUUGACCCUAGAUCUUAUCCAUUCAAAGUGUUUAUGUGUAGAUAAACUGCCCCACAAUUACAAUGAUGUAGAAGAACUGAGGCAGACCUUCUCUGCCAUAUGUCCUCCAACGUUCUGUCAGUUGGCAUGUGGUCAAGAUGGACAGCUGAAGGGCUUUGCAGUCCUGGAGUACGAGUCACCUGAGAUUACAGAGAUGGUCCAACAGGCCACCAACGGCUUGCUACUUGCUGGGAACCAUAUCAGAGUCUCCUUCUGUGUUCCAGGCCCUCCUGGGCGAAGCAUGUUAGCUGCUCUGAUAGCUGCCCAGGCAACAGCACUUAACCGUGGAAAGGGGCUUCUACCUGAGCCCAAUCUUCUUCAGAUUCUGAACAGUUUAGGGAAUCCUACUUCAAUCCAGCUGUUACUCAGCCCCCUUCUUCAUGGAGCCAUUGGAGGAAAGCAAGGAAUCCUAGGAGCCCCACCAACUGUGCCUCUCCUAACCAAUCCAGCCCUGUCCACAGCUCUACUUCAGCUAGCGCUCCAGAAUCAAACACAAGCACAGCAGAAGGCAUUUCUUGGAAACUUGCUCUUAGUCCAAAACCAGGUCUGGACACAACUCCUGCAGAACAAGGAAAACCAGGUCAUUUUCCAUAAACCAGGAAUCUUGGGAGAGUCUCCAUUGGGUUCCUUGCAGCACAGUGCUCUCGGGAUGCUAAAUACCCCUGCUUCUCAGGCAGGAAAUCAGUUACUGGGUGAGAUGUCCUCAGGUAGUGCUCUGCCUACUGAUAUGGCCCCAGGACCUGUGAAGUCUCCAAUCUUGCCUUCAGGAAACUUGUCCUUGCCAUCCUUUAUGGGACCAUUGGGAAUGGAGAGGGAGAACUCUGUGUUGGGGGCCCAGACUCCCCAGUUGACUCAGCCUGGCCUGCAAGGCCUCACCACCUCCAUCCUGGGAUCUGUGAUUAGUGGGCUUCAGAAGCCAAAGCAGACAGAAAAUGGGCCUCCCUCAUCUGGAGUCUCUCUGCUAGGAGAACCACCUAAAGACUUUAAGAUUCCACUCAAUCCCUACUUAAACCUUCACAGUCUUCUCCCUACCAGCAAGCUUGGAGGUGGAGCUAAUAAAGCAUUCAGCUUGAAGACUGGAGUACUUGGCAAUGUCUCCAACCCUAGAAUUCCACAGGCCUCCAUGUCUGACCCAGUACUGCCCUCUCCUGGACUGACAGGAGACAACUGUGCAUUUGACUAUCAGCCAGACUUGGGAUCACGAAUGUAUCCCCAGGCCAGAGAGACAGGGCCCCAGUUAUCUGGAUUUGCACACAACAAGCAGAAGGUGUCAUCACCUGGAUUCGAGCGGAACAACCUGGGGGGCCCUUUGCCUCCAUUCUAUUCAGGAUCCCCAACUUCCUAUUUCACUAGUGGUCUUCAAGCUGGACUCAGACAGAGCCACCUGAACAAAGCAGUUGGGAUGCCACCUGUGAGUAUGGGCGACAGCAUCCUGGGACUAGGACCCGCUAGUCAGUCGCAGGGCACAUACUCAAAGACUCCAGUUGGUGGCCAGAAACGGGCCUUUUCCCACCUGCUCCCAUCCCCAGAACCCAGCCCAGAAGGCAGCUAUGUCGGCCAGCACUCUCAGGGCCUGGGAGGGCACUAUGCAGACUCCUAUCUGAAGCGAAAGAGGAUAUUUUAAUCUAUUUCCUACUGAAGCACUCUUCCUCCUACCCUACCCCCAAUUUUUUUUUCUAUUUUGACAGUUGUUUUUAACAAUGAUCCUAUAGUCAGAUAUCUUUCAGGCCAAACUUUUGUGGCUGGGACAAUCUUUGGACAUUGCUUGCUAGGGUGACAUAGAAUGUUGUGCAGCAGUUCUCCAUUUCAGUGGCAACAAGACCUCAUUUGGCUUUUUAAAAGCGCCCAGUCCAAGCUGUGUCCGUGCUUGAGCAGAGCUAAGAUGCUGAAGCUGAUUCCACUGUACUGGCAGUUUUGACCUCCUCUCUAACUUAAUGGGUUGUGAAUAUUUCUCUUUUACCUUACUUUGAGCUGAGGGAGAAUAGUUGAAAGCACAACCUCUCCCACCAGCACAAUUCCUGACCAAGGCCUGCUACAGAAGUGGAGAGUUCAACUGGUUGCUUAAACUGACUUAAGUUCCGGAUGGGCAUAUUGCUUAUUCUUAGCGAAGACCAGUGUGGGGUUAUUUUAAGAGAGAAUGAGAGUUUGUGGCCUUCUCCCUGGGGGAUUUAUAGUUCUGCCUAUACAAGGUACACUUUUUUCUGUUGUAUAAACAUGCUAUGUUUCUACUGUAGAUACUGACUGGUUUGCUGUAUUUGUCAGGGGAUUUUAAAUUUCUCGGCAGCUGGAUACCAACUUUUCCAGAGUAAAAUUAUAUUUAUAUCAAAA